UCAAGGUCCCGGAGCCCAUCAUCGAUGAACCGCCACUGCUCUGCCUCAAGCCCUAGCGCGACAACCUCGAUGCCCGUGUCCAGUAGCUUGUUGACAUCGACAACCAAAGUAGGAGAGUCAGCAUGGCGCAAUCAACAGAAAGCAGACUGGAUGGUAAAAUUAUUAUCUCACCGUACCUUGUGACUAGCUCUAGAUGGACAUGCUUGAAACCAGUUUAGCAGUUUGGGAUCUUGCCAACCUGAUAAAGCCAAUCGACAUUGUCACUUUGGAACUUCUAGUGAUACUCCUCUCUAUUGUUCCUAAUUUUUUUGUGGAGAGUCUCUCAACUGAUUGGCCCUCUGACCAGCUAUGCAGUGCUGAUGCUCUUGGGCUAACCGAGGCCUCCCACGCCCUGCUUCGACUACCUUCUCGGCGUGGCGACGGUGAUGCUCAACCUCUGCUACAUGCUCUCUGGUUAGUCCAUGAUGGGAACCAUGUUGUGCUCCUCGUGGAGUUCCAGGCGUUGUCCUGGUGGCCAGCGUGA